CGCAUUGCGCUAUUAUCCCCUCGAAUUACUGAGAGGAAUAAAGAAGAGGGUCGGAAGAAGCAUAACGCAGCACAAGUCCUCAAAGAUGCCAACGAUACCCGCAGAGGGGAGGGAGGAAGCAGCACCCUCAAAUCAUCUAUCCAAACGACAAUCGGUCGACAAUAGCCCUAGAUAUGGAGGCGGACAAUACAACAUUACGCCCUCGAUGUUGAGUUUCCUGGCUCCUCUCUUUUUAAUCGUCAUCGUUGGACCUUUAAUCUUCCUCUUCAUCCGCAAAAAGCGCCGCCAACAAGCCAUGCAAACCAUCGUCUCGGACCUCCGCGCAACCAACCGCUCCUCGGCCGCCAAAAAGACACCAGCAAUCUCCCACGAAGAAGCGCGACAGCGCCUCGAUGGCGCGGCCGAGAUCUCUGAAACAGAUGCCCAUCGGCAGCCCAGCAUUUCCACGCUCAAACCGUCCGACGAGGAUCUGGAAAAAGGCGGUGGUGCCCACCACGACACGCUGUCAAUCGGCGAACGAGACUGUGCGAUAUGUCUUUCCGCCCUCUCAUCAACCACUCUACCUAUCCCUCCUCCACCUGCAGCCGUCCUACCCCGUCCUUCCUCCUCACCACCACCACCGAGUAUCCCUCUUCCAACAUCUCCAUCCGCCUCCGCCCCCGAAACCCCCGCAAUCCAACCCCCGCAAGACCCCUCCUCGACCGCGAUCCUGCGCCUCAAAAUCUGCCACCACGAAUUCCACGACGCGUGUCUGCUGAGCUGGUGCGUGUUGGGCAAAGUCAGCUGUCCCGUAUGCAGGGCCGUGUUUUUCGAAACGGGGAAAGAGGCUGGGAAGGGGGAAAACGAGACGGAUGGUGAAGAUGGGGGGGAUGCUAGUGGGAGUGGAACUAGUGCGCGGGUAAGAGGGGGGGCGAAUGAUGCAGUUGUACAUGGGGAUGCUACGACGGAACCGACGACGGCGCCGGCGGGUGUGGUGCGGUGA